AUGGACUCACUUGAAGAAACCAAUGCUAUGAUCUCAUCUGCAUUGUUCUCUUCCACUUCCACUUCUAUUUCAUUUCAAUUAUCUUCUCUUAGUCAUCCUCUAUCUCAUAAUGAUGAAUCUCCUCCUCCUGCUCCUCCUCCUCUUGUCAUUAGACCUUGUGGUGCUUGUAAGGUCCUUCGUAGACGAUGUGUUGCAACAUGCAUACUGGCACCAUACUUUCCCCCGACCCAACCCCUCAAGUUCUUGGCUGUGCACAAGGUGUUUGGAGCUAGCAAUGUCUCUAAGUUCUUGCAAGGAAUUCCAGAGUCUCAAAGAGCUGAUGCAGUGGAUAGUAUGGUCUACGAGGGGACAACAAGGAUUAGAGACCCAGUGUACGGGUGUGCAGGUCUAAUUUCCAAUCUGCAGAAACUAGUAAACGAGCUUCAGAUGGAGUUGGCCACCGCGAAGGCUCAACUUCUCAGUAUAACAUCUCAACAGGACAACCUACAAGCGACCAAAAACACAUCCAUGGAAAUAAAUGAAGCUCAACUGCUUCAAGGACCCUCACUGGAAGAAUUCAUGUUCUGUGCUACUCCUUUUUCCUUACAGAAUUGCAAAAACUUCUCAUGGGACAACUCAUUCCUUCAUUUUGAUGACAAAGAUGCUGAAGGGAUUUGA